UUUUCAGUUUGAAUAAUUCAUUGAUUGGUUUGAACGGUGAAAUGUGGUUGCUUCUGUUGGGACUUCUUGUGGGCAGCGGCCUCUUUGCUGCGCUGCUCAUCUAUCAGCUAAAGUACAAGCAUCUGAUUGAGGUCACACGGAAUUUGGCGAGUCCGCCAGCUCUGCCCAUAUUGGGGCAUGCCCAUCACAUUGUGGGCAAGGCGCCACAUGAGCUGAUCGAGCUAAUUAUGAACUUUAUGGAGACAUAUGCCAAGGAUGGCACACUCAAAGUCUGGCUGGGCCCCGAGCUCAAUAUGCUGAUGGCCAAUCCCAAGGAUGUCGAGGUUGUGCUCGGCACAUUGCGCUUCAAUGACAAGGCCGGCGAAUACAAUGCUUUGGAGCCGUGGCUGAAGCAGGGAUUGCUCGUGAGUCGGGGUCGCAAGUGGCACAAGAGGAGGAAGAUCAUCACGCCCGCGUUCCACUUUAAGAUACUCGAUGAGUUUGUCGACAUCUUUGAGCGUGAGUCGCGGGUGCUGCUCAAGAAUCUGGAGCGGGAGCGACGACAGCAGGGCGAGAUCGGUUUCAAUCUCUACGAUUGGAUCAAUCUCUGCACCAUGGACACCAUUGGCGAAACUGCGAUGGGCGUCUCGAUCAAUGCACAGACGAACGUGGACUCGGAGUACGUGAGGGCAGUGAAGACGAUCUCGAUGGUGCUGCACAAGCGCAUGUUCAACAUCUUCUAUCGCUUCGAGCUGACCUACAGACUGACGCCUCUGGCUCAGGCCGAGAAGCGAGCGCUCAACGUGCUGCACAAUUUCACCGAGAAGAUCAUUGUGCAGCGUCGCGAGGAGCUGAUGCGUGGCACAGCCACAGCUGCCACAAAACAGAGCGAGGAGGAUGUGGCGGUCGGGGCGAAGCGUAAGAUGGCAUUCUUGGACAUACUGCUGCAGUCGCAUAUCGAUGACAAGCCGCUGACCAAUCUCGAUAUACGCGAGGAGGUCGAUACGUUCAUGUUUGAGGGUCACGACACCACAUCCUCGGCCCUGAUGUUCUUCUUCUACAACAUUGCCACGCAUCCGGAAUGCCAGCGCAAAUGUGUCGAGGAAAUUGUCUCGGUGCUGGGCAGGAGCAAAGAGACGCCGGUCACAUAUGAACUGCUCAAUAAGCUGCACUACAUCGAUCUGUGCAUCAAGGAGACGCUCCGCAUGUAUCCCUCAGUGCCGCUGCUCGGUCGCAAGGUGCUCGAGGAGUGUGAGAUCAAUGGCAAAAUCAUUCCAGCCGGCACAAACAUUGGCAUCUCGCCACUCUAUUUGGGUCGUCGCGAGGAGCUCUUCAGUGAGCCGAACAGCUUCAAGCCGGAGCGUUUCGAUGUCGUCACCAGUGCCGAGAAACUCAAUCCCUAUGCCUACAUUCCAUUCUCGGCCGGACCCCGCAAUUGCAUUGGGCAAAAGUUCGCAGUGCUUGAGAUCAAGGCCAUUGUUGCCAAUGUGCUGCGACAUUUUGAGAUCGACUUUGUCGGCGACACGUCGGAGCCCCCGGUUCUCAUUGCGGAGCUCAUUUUGCGCACCAAGGAUCCGCUCAUGUUCAAGCUGAAGGAGCGGUCACUUUAGUUCCACAUUGCGAUGAUUCGCAACUGCCAAAAUCCUUCAAGUCAUACAUUUAUUCUAUAACUUUUCCAUUUUACACUUGUAUAUAUGUAUAUAUAUAUAUUUUUUUUUUUUAACU